CCUGAUCGCACAAUGAUGAUGGUGAUGAUGACGAUAGAGAAGCAUAUGCUAUCUACAGUGACUGGCGUUUAUAAAGUGCUCCGCCUUCCUCCGACCAACAAAAAACUGUUGUUUUUCUUCAGUCGGUGGCGCAGACGACGAACCAAGUUUGGGCAUUAUUUAAUGUUUGUUGACCACCUAAACGAGGAAGUGUCAAGUCGUGGGCGUUAACGGCGGAGCUGUGGUCGUUGUCCGUGUGGGUUGCGCGGGGCUUUUACCUUGGAGACUCCGGAAGCCGCCAGGUGAAGAGCUGCAGAGAGACGCACCAGGUGAGUCCUACAGAUAUUUACGUGGCUGGGAGUUUAUUGACUUAUGUUCCAGAUGAGAACGAGCUGUGCAUGGACGAGGCACAACGAGUGCGUGGAAGUAAAGACACACUCCCAACUGUCACUUGUUUCGGUGUCUCGUGUGAGUCUAGCAAUGUUCGACCUUUGACAUGAAGAUUCAUAAGAAGAUCCUGCUGCACUACCAGUCCUGCGACUCCCCGGUCGACAAGGAGGGUUACCUCUACAAGAAGGGGGUGCGCAACUCGUCCUAUCAGAAGCGCUGGUUCGUCCUGAAGGGGAACCUGCUGUUCUACAAGGAGCGCCGGGCAGAGCGGGAGCUGCUGGGCGUGCUGGUGCUGGAGGGCUGCAGCGUGCAGCUCUGCGAGUCGGACGAGCGCUUCGCCUUCUCCGUGGUCUGGAGCGAGUCUCACGUGGCCGGCGGCCGCGUGUACAAGCUCGCUGCCGAGGACCAGUCCACCCAGGAGAGCUGGCUCAAAGCCCUGCUCUCGGCCAACCACGCCUACCUGCAGCUCCUGCUGAUGGACCUGGAGGCUCGCUAUCGGGAGCUAGGCGGGACGUCCCAUCCCGUCCCCCUCAAACCGGCGCCCUACGCCCCUCCGGGUGCUACAGCUUCCUCUUACACGGCCAAACAACUCCUCCCGGCCCCUCCCGUCCCCCACAAUGCAGCAAUCAGGAAGUCUCCGAAACUGUGGCCAAAGAGAAAUGCAAAUGUGGCGCCCAUAUCUGGGCCCGCCCCGCCUCAGAGGGAGUGGCUAGAGUUUGGGUUGGGACACCAGGAGGAAUUUAUUGAAUUACACACCGAGUUUGGAAAGGAGGUCAUGGAGCUGAUCGCUGAGCGGCUGAGACGUGGACGGGAAGGGGAGGAGGAGGAGGAGGAGGAGGCCGAAGCAGAUCUGAUUGAUUUUGGAUGAUAUGCAAAGUCAUUCAUGGAAAUAUAUUGUUUUACCCGCUCGGAUAUUGAGGUGUAAACUUGUAAAUAUUUGCGAUAAACUCAGUUCGGAGGACCUUUUGAUUCCGUCUUCGUCGUUCAAAGCUUUUAAAUCAUCACUGUUUGGAGUCUCAGGUCUAUGUGUGUUCUGUUAAUAAAUUAACUUUUUAUUCCA